AUGACGCAACUGAAGCUCUACCUGACAUUUCGUCAGCCUCCCCCAAAACCAGCGUCUGCAAACGCAGUGCUGCAGCCUGACACCCGCUGCGUGGGACGAGCCACAGUCCCGUCCCUGUCCAUGGACUGCUGCCCCCCUGUGGACAAGAAGGAGUGCAGCAGCUGCGCAGGGCCCUGCACGCAGUCUGGCCUGAGACGCAGAGAGCUCACCGGGCUGGGGCGCGGCUGUAGCUGUUGGCGUUCCGAGGAGGACCCCAGCAGGGCUGCGCCUAAGCCCGAGGGAGAAGACUCGGAGGCUUCGCCUCUCCGAUCGCAGCGUGAGCCCACACCCGGCCGGCCCCAACCUCGAUCCGGGCAGCCCGGCCCAGCCCAGCCCUCUGGUCCUAGCGCCGGCGGAGCGCUGCCACUCCGGACUAUGGCGGAGCGGAGCAGCUCCCGCGGCAGGGACGCAGCGGGGCGGGCGGGCGGUGAGGGGAGCAGGCAGGCGACCAUGAGGGGCCCAAUCGGGGGACGAGACAGGGUCCGUGGGGGCAGGCAGGCUACCGUGAGGGGCUCGGUCAGGAGUCGGGACGAGGUGCGGCGGGGCGAGCAUGCGGCCGCGAAGGGCUCAAUCGGGUCGCUGCCGUCCCCGCCGCCGCCCUCCGUCAGCACAGUGCCUGAAGCAGGGCCAGAGGGCCGGCCAGGAGGCCGCGCAGCCGCGCCGGGGCUGCUGGAGUGCCGCCGCUGCGGGUACCUGCGCACGGCCAGGGCCUGGUGCCAGGUCGUGGAGGCGCUGCUCGCCGUGCUGAUCGUGGCCUGCAGCUCCGUGUCCGGCGGCUCGACGGGAGGCUACACGGGCAUCCCUAGCCUGGGGGGCAUCUACUACUACCACUUCGGCGGGGCGUACAGCGGCUUCAGUGGAGCAGACGGGGAAAAAGCCCAGCAGCUUGACCAGCGCUUCUUCCUACAGAAGCUGCCAAUCGCAAGGGCUGCAAUGGCCGUAGGAGGGUGUCUCCUGGUCUUCACUUGCCUUCUUAUUUUGCUCGGUGUAAUACGGUUACCGUGGCAUUUCCCAGCCUGGCUGCUACUUGAGUGCAUCCUGGACUUGGUGAUUGUAGUUGGCCUGGUGCCUGCUCUCUACUGUUUCUUCCAUUUUCUGCUGGAGGUUUAUAAUUCAUCAGUGUGCAAAGAGAGAGAGCAGCUUUACCAAAGCAAAGGCUAUCAGGGGUUUAGAUGCAGCCUGCAUGGGGCAGAGAUUGCUACUGGCCUCUCAGGCUGCAUAGCUGUCAUGGCAUACCUGCUCAGUGCAGGCCUAGCUAUCAGAGGGUACAGGACAGUCCACAAACUGAAACAGAAGCCAGUACAAUUAUACGAGCUUUAGAAUGAUUUCUCCACUCCAGUAACAGUCAUUUCUGUCACCCUCCUCACCCUGAGACAAAGCUGUAUGCUUUCCCUUGCUUCUAGGCAGGGCAUCCUUAAUGCUGCAGCAGAACAGAGAGAGUGUGGCUCCACAGUACAGUCAGGCAUUAUUGAAUUACUAGUGGACACAAAGUUAGUUAGAUGGCUUUAUCUCGUGGCUGUCCCACAGCAGAGAAGGAUUGUCCUCCUGUAGCUGAUGAGUGAGCUGCCUGCUUCACUGGUAGCCUUCCUAUCCCCUUUGUUGGGUAUCUUCCAGUGAGGUCUUGCUGCAAGUGUGGUUACUGUAUACUUCUGCUGACCGAUGGCUUUCUGUAGACGAAAAUGUCUUUACAAAGAGCAAAAGCGAUGUAGACAGAACAGGGUGAUCAAGGCAGCUAAUGACUGCUUUCUUGUAGGUCUCUUGGAACUAACAAAGCAGUUUGAAAGUGGCAUUUGUAAAGCCAUCAGAGGCUCCUGAAAUAAACUUGCAAAACAGUGAAUACAGUCAGCCUAAUUAGAGGCACAAAUCCAUUUUCAGACCCUCCUGGAGAGGGCACAUUUUUGUAUGAAGUGGUCUUUUAUAUCAUUUGUAUACAAUGAUUUUGCUUAACAGGAUGCCCUGUGUUAGGAUAAUCUGACAAAAGCUUUUAAAUGCUCGAAGAGGUGAUUUAAGAUAGAAGAAUAUUGUUUUCAAAAUACAUUUUUCAUGUGCAAGUUGGGGAAAUGAGGUACUGCUCUUGUAUUAUUUAUUAGGAAAAAAAGGUAAAGUUUACUUGUUUGAAAAAUAAUGUAUAGGAUAUUUAACAGGGAAAAUAAAAAUAGCACUGGAAUCACAAAA